AGAGAUAGCAAGAGGCGAUUCGAUUUCUUGGCCAAGAUCUCCAUGACUGACACUGAUAUCACGGUAGAAAUAGAACUGGAUGCGCUUAACCGAAUAACUGCUGAUCUUUAUCGUCUACUGAUCCACUGGGCCAAGGAGCGGCGAGACACGCUAUCUCCAACCGCAGGGGGAUUGAUGGUUAGACCUGAGGCAGCGCUGGGUGAAGAAGUAAAAACCGGAAGAGAACUUGAAACAAUGGAUGGAGUCCAGUGGAUGGGAGAUGUUUUGCAAGUAGACCUUUUGGAAAAUACCGCAAAGGUACAAGUGCAAGAAGAGGAGAUGAUCGGUGGCCACAUGACGAGCAUUGCCCUUAAAGAGCCUUGGGUAGCUCCAGUGUCCCUGCUGAUUAGUCCAGUCACCCAGCCUUCCAUGAGUAACCCUGUCCAGCCUAGAGCCGUUCAGAGGCGCCGAAGCACCAGGAUUAACCAGAAAAAGAGGCUUGCCGCUCAUCACAGGUAA